AUGAUUUCCGAGUCGCCAGCUGAGAGGACGCCAUGGGGCAGCAAGGAGAAGGUCGCCGAGCGCACUCAGGCGGAGGUUGAGACCGGCAGCAGCAGCAGCGGCCUCGAGCGUACCCUCUCGUCCCGUCAUCUCCAGUUCAUCGCCGUCGGCGCUACCAUCGGAACCGGUCUGUUCAUCGGUCUCGGUUCUGCCCUCGCCAAAGCCGGUCCCGUCUCUCUGCUCCUCGCCUUCAUCUUCAUGGGCAGUGUCGUCUACUCCGUCAUGGCCAGUUUGGGUGAGAUGGCCUCGUUCAUCCCCGUGACCGGUUCAUUCACAGUCUACGCCACUCGCUUCGUCGAUCCUACUCUCGGUUUCUCCAUGGGCUGGCUGUACUGGUUCAACUGGUCCAUCACGUUCGCCGUCGAGUUGGUUGCCGCCGGUCUCAUUAUUCAGUACUGGAACGACCAGAUUAGCGUUGGUGUGUGGAUUGCCGUCUUCUGGUUCGUCUUUACGGCGCUCAACUUCUUGCCCGUUCGCAUUUUCGGCGAGAUUGAGAUGUGGUUCUCCAUGAUCAAGGUCGUCACCCUCGUCGGAUUCCUCAUCUUCUCCAUUUGCAUCAACGCGGGCGUGGGACAGGGAGGCUACAUCGGCUUCAAGUUCUGGGACACCCCCGGCCCCUUUGCCAACUACAUGGUCGACGGGCCCGUUGGAAAGUUUGUGGGUUUCUGGGCCGUCCUCGUCACCGCCGGAUUCAGUUAUCAGGGUACCGAGCUCGUGGGUGUAGGUGCGGGCGAGACCGCGAACCCGCAAAAGGCCAUCCCCGAGGCUAUCCGCUGGACUUUCUGGGGUAUCUUUGGUCUUUUCAUCUCCACUGUCUUCUUCGUCGGUAUCAACCUGCCCUACAACGCCGAAGGUCUCGGAAGCGGCAAGACCGACGCCUCCGCCUCGCCUCUCGUUCUGGUCGCCAUGCGCGCCGGUGUCCCCGUCCUUCCUCAUAUCCUUAACGGCGUGCUGCUCACGGCCGUCCUGACCGCCGCCAACUCCAACGUGUACUCCAGCAGCAGACUCAUGGUCGCCCUUGCUCAGGAGGGUCUCGCGCCCAAGUUCAUGAAGAACACCAACCGAUACGGAACCCCCUACUACGCCGUCGGCCUCUGCUCCGUGCUGGGCCUCGUCGCCUUCAUCAACCUGUCCUCCAACGGCACCGUCGUCUUCAACUGGCUCGUCAACAUCAGCGCCACCUCCAGCUUCAUCACCUGGGCCCUCGUCAGCGUCUGCCACCUCCGCUUCCGAAAGGUCCUCCGCGUCCAGGGCGUCAGCCUGCAGGAGCUCCCGUACCUGGCUCCUCUCUUCCCGUUCCUGACCUGGUGGGGUCUCUUCUUCAACUCUCUCAUCACCAUCACCAACGGCUUCACUUGCUUCAUUGAGUGGAGUACCAGUGAAUUCUUCUCGGCUUACAUUAGUUUGAUCUUCUUCGUUGUGCUUUACGUUGGGCACAAGAUUGUAUGCCGUACCAAGGUUGUUCCGUUGGCCGAGGUGGAUCUCUCUAGAGGUCAUAACUGA